AUGGCUGUUUUCAAAUGCUGGCAGGCCUACUUGAUGCUCUUCCUCUUCCUCGUGCUCUCACUCUCUGACAUCUCGUCGGCGCUUGUGGACUCGAGAGUGAGUAGCGAAAAGAGUGACGAUAUCCUGGGAAAGUACCUGAACAACGCGCUCUUGGGUUCCACUCAUAGCCGUCGCCAGAACGACGGCUGCACGCCGGAACCAAACUGUAGCCCCUCGACCUGCACCGACACGGUAUGCAGCAUCGCCAAGCGAAAGACGCGCGCUCUCCCGCCCAUAAGCAUCGGGGACAGCAUCGGCAGCAGCAACCUCACCGAGCUCGAGCUCGAGCUCGACGAUAGUCUCGGACUCGACGUCGUUGCUCUUCCCCCGGGCGUAGACAAGCGCGACCUCGCCAAGCGCUUUUUACGAAGCCCGAUUCUCCAGAAUACAAUCAACACCUACCUACAGGGUCAAAACGGAAGGGCAGACCUCGUCAACCUGUGUCCCAGCAAUGCUGGCGGCUACGAUACGCCCAGCUUCUGCGUGUCAUACCGCUUCGGCAGCAGUGCUCCCGUCGACCCGAGCACGGGUCAGCUCCUGAUAGGGACGGGAAACACCGAGCUGACGGGAUGCACGGUGCUGACGAUUGCAAGUUCACGCGGGGUAUACAUGUGCCACUUCUGGCAAGACCUCAACUACCCCAACGCAGACAACGGGCGUCCCGAUCGUCCAGCUCUGGGAUUUCAGCCGGUUUUGAAUAUGCUGCGCGGAGAAGGGGACCGGCGGUGGGCAGUUGGUCCUGCUAUCGACAAGGAGAUGUUCGUGGGUCUGGGGGUGAAUACCUGGGCGUUUAUCUGUACGCCACGAUCGGGUGCGGACCUCAACGAUGCGAACCGUUAUCAUUAUACUGCGCAGCAGGAUCAGCUAGUCGCCCUCCUGAAAGAAAUGAUCCCCGACAUCGGCAUUGUAAACUAUAACUACAAUUGGAAACAGCCGUACACGGAGUAUUACCAGGGCGUCGCGCUGUUUGAGUACGAUAAUAACGCGGAUAACCAAGGAAGUCCCGAAUGGCGGCUCUGGCUGGAGAUGGCGAACGAGAGGGGUAGACGGUUAGGUCAGGAUCCGGCCUAA